AUGAGAACGGAUAUUAUAGUGACUUUCUUAGCAUUGCUUUUGAUUAGUUCUAGCUUAGUAGAAUCAAGAACUUAUCCAAAAGAUAAUCACAGUAAGACGAGGGAAGAAGAGGAAAAGAGAACGAGUCGAAGAGGUGGAAGCAUCCGCGGUGGAAGAGGGAAGACGAGGAGAGGCAGAGGUGGUGGAAGUGGGAGAACGAGGAGAGGCGGUGGUGGUGGAUCAUCAAACUGUGAUCCUUUGUAUCAAUACUUAUUUGGAAACUGUGGUCAAUGGCCAUUCCCACGUGAGGCACCUAACAACCCGUUUCGGCCUAGACCGAGACCGUCGCCUCGCCGGACUCCACCCAGACCACCAGGACUGCCGCCUCUAGUCCCUUCUCCACCGCCAAUAGUGCUACCACCACCUUUAGUACCUUCACCACCACUCAUACCUCUUCCGCCACCUUCACCGCCACUCAUACCCCUCCCGCCACCUUCUUCACCUCCUCCGGUGGUUGCCUCACCGCCACCUGUGGUGUCUUCACCUCCACCUGCUUCUCCUCCACCAGCCUCUCCUCCGCCUGCCUCUCCUCCACCAGCCUCUCCUCCUCCAACUUCUCCACCACCUCCGCCGUCAUCUCCACCCCCUACACCGCCACCCCCAUUAGUUCCCUCACCACCACCUCCGUCAGAUUCCUCCUCACCUCCACCUGACAUUCCCAUUGUAUUCUCGUCACCGCCACCGCCUCUGGUUGCAUCUCCACCACCGGACCAACCAGUCUUUCCAUGGUUAUCACCUCCUGAUUCAAUCUCAAAUUCUCCAGAACUGCCAAUAUUUUCUCCUCCACAAAUACCUGACUUUCUUCUCCCACCACCACCUCAGCUAGACCUGCCACCGUUUGAUCAAAAUCCCACACCGCCGUUAGUCCCCAUUUUUUCCCCGCCGCCGGAUGAAUCUACGCCGGAGCCACCUCUUUUCCCAAUAUUCGCACCACCACAAGUCUUCCUCCCGCCACCAGAUGAAUCUACGCCGGAGCCACCUCUUUUCCCAAUAUUCCCACCACCACAAGUCUUCCUCCCGCCACCAGAUGAAUCUACUCCAGAGCCGCCACUUUUUCCCAUAUUCACACCACCAAAAGAUCCACCUGAACCACCACCAAUUUCACCUGAAUUACCAUUCACCUUCCCACCGAUCACAUUUAGCCCUCCACAAACAGAUCCCGGUGCAAUUCCAACUCCAGUAACAUUUCCAAUCCGGCAAGCACCGGAUUUGUUCUUGCCACCACCAGUGAUUGAUAAUCCCGUUAUACCGCAAACUCCGGUGCAGCCACUGCCAUUUAUUACUGCACCGCCGUCACAGGAGGAGCAGCCACAACCGCCGUCGCUUCCAUUCUUUCCUCGUGAUGAAUUUCCACCAGAACCCGAAUCACCUCCAUCGAAGGCAUAA